AUGCCUCCCCCACGCCAAGGGGACCGCAAAAAGGCACUCGCGAAACCCAAACCACAGCGCCCCCGCCAACAAAAGCAACCCGAUCGUAAAGCCGACCUGGACGAAGACUCCAGCCCAAUCGACCUCUCCACCACAAUCCCUCUCUCUUUACAGCAACUCCUCCUAGACGUCUUCAAAACCGCCCUCUUCACCCCAUCACAACAGCCACUCAUCCAUUCCGACCCCUCCAAAGACCCAUCACCAACCACCGACCAACCACACCCCAUCUCCUCAUCCCCGGCCCAAUUGGACACAAAGUCCCUAGUUCAGACCAUAAAAACCCACCUCUACCAACGAGACUUCGACUCCGCCUUCACAGAUGCCGACGAGGCUCUCCUGCGCGUCUAUGCUCUGCGCUGGAGCGCCGCGCGUGCGUUGGGAUAUGCGGGUAUCUUCAAGGCCGUUCUCGGGUAUAUGCGCGGUGAAAGCGCCUUGAAGUCUAAUACGCGGGUCGUGUGUAUUGGUGGUGGUGCGGGCGCAGAGAUUGUUGCCCUUGCAGCUGCUUGGAGGGAUUUGCAUGACGAUGUUGAAGGGCUUGGGGAGCGGCUGGGGGAUGUUUCGUUGGAGAAGAGUGGAGAUAAUGAGGCGACGGCUGAUUUCUCAACGACUGGGUCUCUUGAUAUCGCGGCUGUUGAUAUUGCCGAUUGGUCGAGUGUUGUUGAGCGUCUUGAGAGGACGAUGGUUUCGUCUACUGUGCCGGCUUCGAGGUCUUCGAAGCAUCAGCCGCCGCUGGUGGCCAAUGGCUCGGAAGGACGGCUUUCCGUUUCCUUUUCUCGGACGGACGUCCUCGGUGUCUCGGAGUCGGAUCUCAAAGAUGUCUUUCUGGACGGAAGUACCGCUUCAAGCGCCGAUGCCCCGCCCUCUCUGCUGGUGACGCUCAUGUUCACGCUCAACGAGCUCUUUUCCACUUCUAUGGUAAAGGCUACUGGUCUGCUUCUUCGCAUGACGGAGAUUCUUCCGCCGGGAGCGGUGUUGCUUGUGGUUGAUAGCCCGGGCAGCUACUCUACUCUAAAACUGGGUAAGGGUAAAGACGGCGUUGCGCAGGAAAGGAACUAUCCGAUGAAGUUCCUGCUUGAUCACACUUUGCUCUCCGUCGCCGAGGGCAAGUGGGAGCGGGUGCUCUCGCAAGACUCGAGAUGGUGGAGGCGGGAUGCUGCACGGCUUAGAUAUGAUGUAGGUGAGGGGGCGGGUUUGGAGGAUAUGCGGUUCCAGGUACAUUUGUAUCAGCGGUUGGCAUAG